UGUUUUGCGUUGUUUCGUUUUUUUUUCCCCAAGGGAAUUAUUGAAAGGGAAGUUUCAUACCUAUCGUUUUAUAUUUUAAUAAAACGCAUUUCUACGAAUAAAAUUGUAACAUGGUGGGAGUCACGUGGUGCAAUAGGACGCGUUUUGUCCUUAUUCGGAAUUCGUGUCUAUACUUUGCUUGCGCUGAAUCCCAAUUCGGCUGUGCACGGUGGUGACGUCAUGCUGUUAUAUUCUAAAUACUGUACAGGAUGUAACGAAUGAAGUUUCAGACCUGGUCAUUCGUCAGAUGGAGUGUGAUAAGCAGGAAAUCAUGUCUGUAGUAUCGUCUCCUCUUCCACCUCCUCCUCCACCUCUUCCUGCCCCGGGUUUGGCUCCUUCACUGCCCAGCAAGAGGAAGCUGUAUCAGGCCAUAGCAGAGGGACGAACUGCUGUUGAAGGAGACUUUGAGGAAGUGUGUAUGCUCCUCAAACAAAGAGAGAGCAGUUUCAGGAAAGACCUGCAGUGGGUGCUGUUUAACAAGUAUGUGCCUUCACUGAUCCAAGAUGGACCUAAAUGUGGACUAGUGGCCUUAUGGAUGGCAGCCCAUCUGGUGAACCCUGCCCUGCCCAUAUCCAUGGAAAACAUCAUGCAGGUGGCAGUGAAUAAAGGCUAUACUGCUCAGGGAGAGAUGUUUUCAGCUAGUGACAUGGCCUUGCUUGCACAGGAAGUGUGUGGUGUCGGAGUCCAGAGGCUGUCUGGAGGCAUCACUGGAGACAAUGCUGCACUAAUCCUAAAACAUCUCACUAAUGGACAGCCAGUCUUAGUACCAUAUGACGAGGACUUUAACCAUGAGCCGUGUCUACGCAGUGGCCACAAAGCUCACUGGGCAGUAGCUUCAGGUGUGUUGCUUGGCCUGGCAGAGGGGAACUUCACCAGCGAACAGCUCCACACUGACAGAAGUCUACCGUGGCUAAAGCUUUCCCGGGUUAACGCACCAGCCGACUGGCUCAGGAAUCCAGUUGAGGUGUACAUCUUUGCCAAGCAGGGGAAAAGUCUGCGGUACCAGCUGUGGAAGUUGGAAACAGUGGCACAGAGCAAUGCCCAGCUUAGAGAAAUGGAUCCACAGAGGGCUGGUGACGGAUCUUACUACGUAUUGCCCCCUGGUGGGGUGGAAAAGGGUCUCGCGGGCCAGGUGGUGCUAAUACAUACCUCAAAGACAAACUGAUAUCAAGAACAUGUUCAACAGGAAUACAGCACUUGUGUGUUUUAUUGUAAAUGGGUGAUGUGCCUGUAUUUGGCCUUUUAUCCACUAGGUGGCCUUAUUUCUUUGACAUGUUUUAUGUUGGUGCUUUUAGCAUGCUCGGGAUUCUCCUAGGAAGUUCACAAGGAAAUUUAUGUA